CAACUGCACCACCACAAGCUUCACUGAUCACCGCCAGGCUGAAGCUGACCACAGAGAAAAAACAAGCAAGCAAGCAUCAACACAAACACAAACGUCAACAAUGGAAGCACUUUUCUUCAACUCUCACUCUGGCUUCUUAGAAGGCGUCAUUCGUGGAUUCAAAGCUGGUUUGCUCACGCAAACCCAGUAUCAAAACUUGACACAAUGCGAUACGUUAGAUGACUUCAAGAUGCAGCUAUCUGCUACCGAUUACGGCAAUUUCCUUGCGAACGAAACACCCCCGAUCUCAACCUCAACGAUCUCCGAAAAGGCCACCGCUAAACUGGUCGCUGAGUUCGAUUACAUCCGUUCAAAUGCCGUCGAACCUUUAUCUACUUUCUUAGAUUAUAUGACGUAUGCAUACAUGAUCGAUAAUGUCAUUCUAUUGAUCACUGGUACCUUACACGAAAGAGACACCCACGAAUUACUGGAGAGAUGUCAUCCGCUUGGUGUAUUCGACACGAUGCCUGCACUAUGUGUGGCGACGAAUGUCGAGGAGCUUUACAACUCGGUGAUGGUCGAAACACCACUAGCACCCUACUUCAGAGACUGCUUGACAGCGCACGAUCUGGAUGAUCUGAACAUCGAAAUCAUUCGGAAUACACUAUACCGAGCCUAUCUAGAGGAUUUCCACAAGUUCUGUCAGACGCUUGGGGAGCCGACAUCGAGCGUGAUGAACGCGAUCUUGGGAUUUGAAGCCGACCGUCGAACGAUCAACAUCACCAUCAAUUCGUUCGGCACAAGUCUAUCCAAGGAACAGCGAUUCAAACUGUUUCCUAGACUUGGCAAGCUCUAUCCUGAGGGUAAUUUCCUUCUGGCUCGUGCCGAGGAGGUUGAGGCAGUCAAGAUCGUCACAGAGAACGUGCCUGAAUACCGCGCCUUCUUCGAGCCCAAAUCGGGCGCAACAGGCCGAAAUGCUGAUGACGUCGUUGGGGACUUGGAGGAUCACUUCUUUCAACAAGAAGUUCAUCUCAACAAACUUGCUUUCUUGCAACAAUUUCAAUUCGGCGUCUUUUACGCAUUUUUUAAGUUAAAAGAACAAGAAAUCAGAAGCAUAACCUGGAUUGCUGAAUGCAUAGCUCAAAAUGCAAGAGGCCGAAUCCAUGAUUACGUACCUACAUUUUAAGCCUUUCUCUCCUUGUUUUCCAUCCAUCCCCCCCUUCCUUGUUCCUGUUUUGGAAACAUCAAAUGUUGUUUUUUAUUUAUUUAUUUAUUUUCUUCAUUGAGAGUACUCCUUUUGGACUGUUUUAAACAUUUUUUUAUUUUAGUAUCUUGUUCUGUAGUUACAUUUUCCUUUUCCUUAUUCCUGUAUUCAGAUGAGAUCAUUUUUUUUUAUUUGUGAGAAUGAUAGUGGAGAAGAGAAAAAGAAGUAGAUUAAUAUGGUGGUAUCUUGUUUUGAAUUUUCUCAUUAAUUUUACACAUCUGCCUCAAAAUCUUGACUCUCUUCCUUCCUAUAUAAUCAUUUUAUA